AUGGAAGAGGAUGAUCUUCUCCAGCGUAGUGUACGCAGGAAACGUAAAGAUGGUGAGAUGGGUGUUUCUUUGAAUGAGAUUUGUGAUGAUCCUGAUUCUUCAGCUGACCAUCCGAUGAUAGAGACUGAGAAUAAUCUUGUGAACCUUGGUUUUGUUAAUGGACCUUCUUUUAAGGAUGUAGUGACGAAUAGAAACGGUCCAGGACUGCAGGGAGCUUCUGGGAAUGACAUGGCUCCUGAAGACGAUGAGUUUCAUUUUGUUUCGGAUGGUGAGGAGGAUGAUGAGGAUGAUCGUUGCCCUGUGAUUAGACUUUCGAGUGUGGAUAAACGUCGAUUGUGUCGACCUUGGAAAAAUUCCCUUAUUGUGAAACUUUUUGGACGUUCAAUAGGCUAUACAUAUUUGUGUAGACGAUUGAAAGAACUCUGGAAACCUUCUGCUCCAAUGGAUGUUAUUGCUUUGGAUAACAAUUUCUUUUUGGUCCGUUUCGCUAAUUCUGGGGACUUGGACUUUGCUAGAUCGGAGGGACCCUGGAUUAUUGCUGACCACUACUUCACUAUUCGUCAAUGGUGCCCGGAGUUUGACCCUUUUCAGGAUGUGUUAGAAUGUUUAACUGUAUGGGUUCGUUUCCCUUGCUUGCCUAUUGAAUAUUAUGAUGAGGAACUUUUGUUACGCAUUGCCCGUAAAAUAGGUGAGCCUGUUAAAGUUGACUUUAAUACUAGCCUUGUGACUCGAGGACAUUUUGCCAGAGUUUGUGUGGAAUUGGAUUUGACUAAGCCCCUUCUAUCUAAAUUCAAGCUACACCGUAGAGUUCGUCGGAUUGAAUAUGAGGGUUUGCAUAUAGUGUGCUUUGAGUGUGGUAAGUAUGGGCAUAUGAAGGAAACUUGUCCUAGUAUUAAACCAAUGCAGGUUAAUCAGCCUUAUUCUGUUAAUCAGCAAGGUGCUGUUGUUGGUCAUGAGCUGAACCGUGAGACUUACAAAAUGCCUGAGAGUUUGCCUGUCAAUCCCGCUGCUACUGAGGAUUUUGGGGAUUGGAUGUUGGUUCGGAGGGAUCGACGUAGGGAUAAUCGUCAAAGUAUCAGGCCUGGGCCUAAGAGAGUUGAUAGAGAUGAGGUUCGAAGGGUAGUUGCAGAUGGGUCUACGGGAAAUCGUUUUGACUCUUUACUUAAUUUAGAGGAUGAGGUCAUACCAGAGGAGCAGAAUAAUGGUAGUUUGGGCACUCAGGAGAUUCACAUGGCUGUCCAUGAUGAGCGUCUUAGCAACCGGGCAAAUAAUGUAGUAUCUAGGGGAGGUGGAAUCCAGAGAGGGAGUCGUGGUGGUAGAGGGCUGGAAGUGCGACCUAAUACUAGAAUUGGAUUAUCAAGGAAAGCAGCAGCAGAGGUUGAGCAUACUGUAGUUGUUGGUAAUGGGAAGGAGAGGGUAGAAUCUUGGGUUGUUUCUUCUGAAGAUCAGACAGUCAAUGGGAGUGAGGAUGAUGUCACGUUGAUUGUGGCUGGGACAAUUUUGAAUGAGUUGAAUAAGGCGACUUCUGCUAGUUUGGUUGCUCCUUUGGAGCACCAACAACCAUCAUCUACUUUUCGCAACGCUUUUCAGGAAUACAAGAGGCUAUAUCAUCCUAACAUCUUUUGUUUAGUGGAACCUCGUAUUUCUGGAGAAGCGGCUGAUGAAGUUUGUGGUUUGUUAGGGUAUGAAAAUUGGAUCCGUGUUGAGGCAGUUGGAUUUAGUGGUGGUAUUUGGUUGCUUUGGUCAGAAGAUGGUUUUCGAAUUGAAUUAGUUGUUACCGAUCCUCAAUUCAUUACGGUAGCAAUUAAUUUUUCUACUGGAGAGAAAUGGUUGUUUAGUGUAGUUUAUGCAAGCCCUGAUAUUUAUUUAAGGAGGAAGCUUUGGCAAUCUCUUUCUGGAGAAAAUAGUCUAUCUAUUUCUAAAUGGAUUGUCGCGGGUAAUUUUAAUUCUGUAGUGGACUCAUCUGAACAAAGUGGAUAUUCUUCUUCUAAUCCUCCAGGAGCUCAGGAUUUUUCAGACUGGAUUUUCAAGCACUCUCUUAUUGAUCUGGGGUUUGUUGGGAGUGGUUUUACAUGGCAGAGAAGUGGCGAAAAUGUCCCCUAUCAAGCUGCUCGGUUAGAUCGAUGUUUUGUAUCUACUGAUUGGAGACUGGAUUAUGUUGAUGCUAUUGUUGAACAUCCACCUAAAUUGCAUUCAGAUCAUGUCCUAAUUGUGAUUAAAUGUCAAGGGGUUCUAGCUUUUGGACUUGGAGAGUGGAAUAGGACUCAGUUCGGUAAUAUCUUUGAUAACAAGAGAAGGCUUUUACGCAGGUUAGAUGGUGUUCAGAGAGAUCUUGCUGAAAGCCGGACAAAGAGCCUUGUAAAGCUUGAAUUUAAAUUGAAACGCAGAUUGGAAGAGAUUCUACGCCAAGAGGAGAUGUACUGGUUUCAGAAAUCAAAAGAGGAAUGGAUAGCGAACGGCGAACGGAAUACUCAUUUCUAUCAUCUAGCAGCUACUAUCAAAAAAAAUUCUGUAUUUCUGCUUUAA